GGCGGCGGCUUCGGCUUGGGCUUGGGCUUCGGCUUCGGUUUCGGCGGCGGCGGCGGCCGGGCGUGCGGGUGCGGUGCGGUGCGGUGCGGUGCAGUGCAGCCGGCGUGCUUGGCGGCUGCGUCUGGGAGGCAGGCGUGCGGACGGGCGGCGGCGGCGCUGCUGGUUUCUGGCUGUGGCUCAGCUCGUCUUGGGCUGUGCGGGGCGAGGAGCCGGCUGCGUGCGGGCGGGUUGCGGGCUGCGUGCGGGCGGCGCCCGGCGGGCCAUGCUGCUCACGGUGUACUGUGUGCGGAGGGACCUCUCCGAGGUCACCUUCUCCCUCCAGGUCGACGCCGACUUCGAGCUGCACAACUUCCGCGCGCUCUGUGAGCUCGAGUCCGGCAUCCCCGCGGCCGAGAGCCAGCUUGUUUAUGCCGAGAGGCCUCUCACUGACAACCACAGGUCACUGGCUUCGUAUGGCUUGAAAGACGGGGACGUAGUCGUUUUAAGACAGAAGGAUGCAGAACCACGGCCUCCUGUUCAGUUCCCAAGUCUGCCCCGGAUAGACUUCAGCAGCAUAGCCGUGCCUGGCACAUCAGGUUCCCAAUUGAACCAGCAGCCAGCCCGGCUGCCCCGGGUAUCUCCAGCAGACACAGCUUCAUCCCCGCAGGGCUUGGACAAUCCAGCCUUGCUCCGAGACAUGUUGCUUGCCAAUCCCCACGAGCUCUCUCUGCUCAAGGAGCGAAACCCCCCCCUGGCAGAAGCCCUGCUCAGCGGAGACCUUGAGAAAUUUACUCGGGUCCUGGUAGAACAACAGCAGGACCGAGCCCGGAGGGAGCAAGAGAGGAUCCGUCUCUUUGCAGCCGACCCUUUUGAUCUGGAAGCUCAGGCCAAGAUAGAAGAAGAUAUAAGGCAACAGAACAUUGAGGAAAACAUGACAAUAGCCAUGGAAGAAGCUCCUGAGAGCUUUGGCCAAGUUGUGAUGCUUUAUAUUAACUGCAAAGUGAAUGGACACCCUGUGAAAGCAUUUGUGGAUUCAGGAGCCCAGAUGACCAUCAUGAGCCAGGCGUGUGCAGAGAGGUGUAACAUCAUGAGACUUGUGGAUCGCCGGUGGGCUGGGAUUGCCAAAGGUGUUGGCACACAGAAAAUUAUUGGCAGAGUGCAUCUCGCUCAAGUUCAGAUUGAAGGGGAUUUCCUGCCAUGUUCCUUUUCCAUACUUGAGGAACAGCCCAUGGACAUGCUUCUGGGACUGGAUAUGCUCAAGCGGCAUCAGUGUUCCAUUGACCUCAAGAAAAAUGUACUAGUGAUUGGCACCACUGGCACGCAAACCACCUUCCUUCCAGAGGGAGAGCUCCCAGAAUGUGCAAGGUUAGCAUACGGUUCAGGGCGGGAUGACAUUCGGCCGGAGGAGAUCGCAGACCAAGAACUAGCAGAAGCUCUUCAGAAGUCCGUCGAGGAUGCAGAGAAAAGUGAUAAAGAAACUACCUCACUGGGAACAUCACCAUUACCAAUCUGUGGUGGAUCUGACAGUGCAGCCCAUUCAUUAGGACUCAGCUCUGAGAUCAGUCACCCCGUAAGUCUUGAUCGCUCUGUCUCUGCUCCUGCUUCCAUCUGCUCCUACAAGCCCAACUUACGAGAGAUCACGGAUCCGAAAGCGGAAUCCCAGGUAACCUCGGCCAAGAGAGAAUGUCCUCUUCCUUCCCCGGCCCUUCCCACCCAGGCCUCAUCGGACAGCACCAUGGAAGAACAUCCCGCCGGCUGUCUGAGGUCAGCUACUACUCUCUGGAAUACAUCAAAAGAAACAAUCAUGACAGAUAAUCUGAAGAAAUCUGCAGAGGAAAGCACCAAUAGCAUCAAUAGCGCAUCUCGAUAUAGAACAAAAAGAUGAUUUGUCUCUCUUAG